UCCUGACAAUUACAUAAAAUAAACAGACAUGGAGAUAAUGAGUGACCUGACCCCUCCCAAGUCUCUCCUCCUCCUCCUCCUCUUCCUCGUCGGAUUCCUUACAUCGACCAAUGCCACCACCUUUACCGUCCGCAACAACUGCCCUUACACCGUGUGGGCAGCCGCCUCUCCUGGGGGCGGCCGCCGCCUUGACCGAGGCCAGACUUGGACCCUGAACCCACCACGUGGGACCUCCAUGGCCCGGAUAUGGGGCCGAACCAACUGCAAGUUCGACGCCUCAGGCAAGGGCCAUUGCCAGAGCGGAGACUGUGGUGGGGUCCUCCAGUGCAAAGGAUGGGGUGUGCCACCGAACACGCUGGCGGAGUAUGCGCUCAACCAGUUCGGUAACCUUGACUUCUUCGACAUAUCCCUAGUCGACGGGUUCAACAUCCCCAUGUCGUUCAGCCCGACUAAAAGCCCGUCCGGCAAGUGUAGGCCGAUCGCAUGCACGGCGAAUAUCAAAGGCCAGUGCCCUAACCAGCUAAAGGCCCAAGGUGGAUGUAACAACCCGUGUACGGUUUUUAAGACGGACCAAUACUGUUGCACAAAGGGAAAGUGUGGACCGACGACCUUGUCCAAGUUCUUCAAGGAUAGAUGCCCCGACGCGUACAGCUACCCUCAGGACGACCCCACGAGCACGUUCACCUGUCCCAGCGGGUCGACAGAUUACCGGGUCGUGUUCUGCCCCAAAGGGUCUGCUCAUAAUUUCCCUUUGAAGAUGUUUGGAAGCGAAAGCAACUCGGAGUAACCUAGAUGUAGGUCCGUUUUGAGGAUCACAUAGGCAUGUUCUAAUCUCUGAGCUACGGUCUGAUAAAUAUGUUUCGUGUUAUACGUUAUAAGGUGUAUCUCCCGGUAAGAGGCGACGUCGAAGCCACGUAGAAUCAGCUCAGUUGCUUAAUAAAAUUAGAUAAAGGCUAAUUACAAAUCUGUUAGCUAUAUAUGGAUCAGAGUAUGGAUCGAUCUUUGUAUUGCCGAGGAGCCGCAUAUAUAUUAUAUGUUGUGAUGAAAUAAAUCUUUUCCCCGCUAAUGGAAGUAGUUCUUUUUAUAUGGAUUAA